AUGGUACCCGCUGCAGACGCAACGGAUGUACCUGUCGCACGUGGUGACUCACCACGUGGAGGAUUUACGACAACUGGCGACGAAUCGCCUGCUGCUGAGGCGUUAGAGGCACUUUCCGCGGCCGCACGCAUGUGUGCAGCCGCUCUUCUUGCUGUUGCAGUAGCAGCUUGCGUGGUUUUGGAAACCAUGCGUUGGAUCGGCAAAUGA